GCAGCCAGGAAAGAGAGAAGAGAGAGAGAGAGAGAGCCCGAGCGGCCUGUCUGUGUUCUGCUGUGAGGCCCCUCAUGUCUGGCCAAAAGAUUGCUGGAGCCUCCAAUCCCUCCUGUGUGCUACCCCUAACCACCAGGAAAGGGGACACCCCAACCUGCGGCAUAGUCAACGCGUGACCACCAGCCGGGCACCACUGCAAAGCCAUUGCCUAAAGAGAAGAAAGAAGAGACUGCAAAUAACAUCCAGCACCCCCCCCAAAAAUAGAAAAGGGAUCUUCAGUCAAGUGUCUUUCUGCGUUGACCCUGUCCGGCAUGUCCUCCUGGGAAUAUUGGAAUAUUUUUCGAUGAAAGAUGGAGCCCCCCCCAACCUUGGCGUUGAUGGAAUAUAAUAUGUAUUAUUCUCUCCCUUUGGGUUCGCGAUGUUGAGCUGCUCCUAAAUUUUUCCAGAGGGAAGGAGAAAGGAGGUCCACCGCAGGUUCCACGGUCCUCCUGGUGUGUGUGUGAUUCGCCACAUAUUACCGUAUGGACUGCAUUUCCUUACUCUGGUGUGGUCGGUCUGCAUCUGGAGAUAUCUGCUUUCCUGAAUGACUGUAUUUAGCUGCCAGAACAGGGAGACAGGAGAGGCUACUUUGCAUGGAGGCGCAAGUGAGUGCUGCCUCAGGCAGGCUGGAAGCUGUCAAAACCCUUCUGUUAGUCUGUAGCUGAAGGUUAGGAGGGGGCGGUAGUGUUAGUGGUUGAGGUGGAGGGGGGGUGCGAGGUGGAAAAAAGGAAAAAAAAAAAGUCCUAGGAAAAGUAUAUAUCCACAAUAUGGCUUCCCCCGUGAACCAGCAGCUGCUGCACCAUACGGAGGUGAGGUGUGAUGGCAGCGGGGACAGUACUAGUGUAACUGUGAAAAUUAAUAGGCAGCACCACCAAGCACCUUCCAGACGUUGCAAAUACAGCAUAUCAUCCAGCUGCAGCUCGGGGGAGUCUGGAGUAAAGAAGGGUGGAGGAGCUGGAGGUGUUCGGAAACAGAAGAAGCUCCCUCAGCUUUUCGAAAGGUCUACAUCCAACUGGUGGAACCCUAAAUUCGAUUCUAGUAACCUAGAGGAAGCCUGCGUGGAGAGAUGCUUCCCACAGACGCAGCGCAGGUUUCGCUACGCUCUACUUUACCUCUCCGUGUCUGGGCUCCUGUGGAGCAUCUACUUUGGUGUCCAUAUGACAGACAGACUUAUUGGCUACCUUGUACCAACCCUGUGCUUCCUUGUGGUGUGCCUAAGCUUUUUCUUCUUCACCUUUACUAAAUCUUAUGCCCGGCACUGCAUGGCAGUCUCCAUACUGGUCACACUGCUGGUCUUUGCCUUGACUCUGGCCUCUCAGUUCCAAGUUUUGACUCCUAAAAAUGCCCGCAAUGGCCUGUCAAACUUUACUUCCCUUCCAAUUCCCGCUUCAGCUUCUUGCAUGUCCCAAGUUGGGAGUUUCUCCAUUUGUGUGGAGGUUUUGCUCCUUCACUACACAGUCAUGCACUUGCCCUUGUACCUCAGUGCCUGUCUUGGGGUAGUUUACUCUAUUCUUUUCGAGACAUUUGGAUACCACUUUCGUGACGAAGGAUGUUUUGCUCCUUUGGUGGACAGGAUGGCUCAUUGGGAACUAUUAAGUAAAGCGCUAUUGCAUGUUUGUAUUCAUGCUAUUGGAGUGCAUCUCUUCAUAAUGUCUGAAGUCCGAUCACGCAGCACUUUCUUAAAGGUUGGCCAGUCUAUCAUGCAUGGAAAAGAUCUGGAAGUGGAGAAGGCCCUCAAAGAAAGGAUGAUUCACUCUGUCAUGCCAAGGAUUAUUGCCGAUGACCUAAUGAAGCAGGGUGAUGAUGAGAGUGAGAAUUCGGUGAAACGCCAUUCGGCAUCAAGCCCCAAGAGUCGCAAAAAGAAGCCCUCUAUCCAAAAGACACCUAUUGUCUUCAGGCCCUUCAAGAUGCAAAGAAUAGAACAAGUGAGCAUAUUGUUUGCUGAUAUUGUAGGAUUCACUAAGAUGAGCGCCAACAAGUCUGCCCAUGCCCUCGUGGGUCUUCUCAAUGACUUGUUUGGCCGUUUUGACCGGCUCUGUGAGGAGACAAGAUGUGAGAAGAUAAGCACCUUGGGUGACUGCUACUACUGUGUGGCAGGAUGCCCUGAACCACGGGCAGAUCAUGCCUACUGUUGCAUCGAGAUGGGCCUUGGCAUGAUCGAAGCCAUUGAGCAGUUCUGCCAGGAAAAGAAAGAGAUGGUCAACAUGCGUGUUGGCGUGCACACUGGUACGGUGCUAUGUGGUAUCCUUGGCAUGCGUAGGUUUAAAUUCGAUGUGUGGUCCAACGAUGUCAACCUUGCCAAUCUUAUGGAGCAGCUUGGAGUUGCUGGCAAAGUGCACAUUUCCGAAAAAACUGCAAAAUAUCUAGAUGAUCGCUACCUGAUGGAAGACAGUUUGGUGGUGGAACGCGUUGGGCAAAUUGUGGCAGCCGAUCAGCUGAAAGGCCUGAAGACGUACCUGAUCUCGGGGCGCAGGCCGCGUGUCCCCAGCUGCAGCUGCUCCCAGACCCUGCUUCCACUCCAGGAGGGGUCAGACCCUGGCAGCGGCUCACAGACGCCCCACGGUGUUGGGGGUGUCAUUACAGACAGCACCAGUGACUCUCUGCUUCAUUGCUCUCACAUGGAUAGGCUCAAGAGCUGUCCGUCCUGUGGAGAAACUGGAGUCCGGGAUGGAGUGGAAGAAGGAGCAUCAGCUGUAAAUGGGACCCCAGAAGAAUAUAAAGGAGGGGGCGCUCGGCCCACAGCCAUUGGACGUCAUUUAAAAACACAAAAUGGCCUCCUCAGCCCCCCUCCAGAAGAGACCCUGAACAACAGCCAGGCCUCCUUGUAUGAGAUGCUUCAAGAAAAGAGUCGCUGGUGUGGGGUCAGUAUGGACCAGUCCGCUCUCCUCCCCCUCCGCUUCAAAAACAUCAGAGAGAAGACGGACGCUCACUUUGUGGAGGUUAUAAAAGAAGACAGCCUAAUGAAUAAUUACUUCUUCAAUCCCCCCAUCAACCGCCUGAGCCUGAACUUCCAGGACAAGGAGCUGGAGUCGGCAUACCAAGGCAGCUACCAGGAAGAGGUGAUGCGUAUGGCUCCAGUGAAGACCUUCGCCAGUGCCACGUUCAGCUCCCUGCUCGACGUGUUUCUCUCUUUCUUCAUCUUCAUCCUUCUUUCCAUCACAUGUUUCUUAAAGCCGGGUACAGUCCCCGUAUCUCCCCCAACCCCGGCACUUGUGGUGCUAGCGGUCUGUGGCCUCCUGGGCUUCCUCUCUUUGCUUGUUUCAAUAAGGAUGGCAUUCUAUCUAGAGGACAUGUUCCUGUGCACCAGAAGGCUUCUGGAGAUCAUUUCUGGUUGGCUCCCACGUCACCUCAUUGGCACUGUGCUUGUGUCUCUCCCGGCUGCUGUCGUCUUCUCCUACCUGACCCAGGACUUCUACACCAACGCACAUUACACUAUGUUCCUGUGCUCCGCUCUCCUGAUCCCAAUCGUCCAGUACUGUAACUUCUGCCAGCUCAGCUCCUGGCUCCGCUCCUCUCUGGCAACCCUGGCAGGGGCCACGCUGUUGAUUCUACUGUAUGUGCCGCUCUUUCCAGAUGAGCCUCCAUUGACACCGGAAUCAGACGAAACAACAAAUUCCAGCUCUUCCCCUCCACCCGAUGUCAUUCUGGGCAUCAGCAAUACCAGUAAGCCAUCGUCACAGCUCGGGCAGGAGAUCACCGUGGCCUACUUCCUCCUCCUCCUAUUGGUUUGGUUCCUGAACCGGGAGUUCGAGGUCAGCUACCGCUUGCACUACCAUGGUGACGUAGAGGCGGACCUUCACCGAACUAAAAUCCAGAGUAUGAGAGAUCAGGCAGACUGGCUUCUCCGUAACAUCAUCCCCUACCAUGUGGCCGAGCAGCUGAAGGUCUCCCAGAGCUACUCCAAAAAUCACGACGACGCCGGCGUCAUAUUCGCCAGCAUAGUCAACUUCAGCGAGUUCUAUGAAGAGAACUACGAAGGAGGAAAAGAGUGCUACCGUGUCCUCAACGAACUGAUCGGAGACUUCGAUGAACUUCUCAACAAGCCCCACUAUUCCUGCAUUGAGAAGAUCAAGACCAUUGGCGCUACCUACAUGGCCGCUUCUGGACUCAACCCGUCUCAAUGCCAGGACAGCAGCCAGCCCCACCGCCACCUGCAGACGCUCUUUGAAUUUGCCAAGGAAAUGAUGAGCGUGGUGGAUGAUUUCAACAACAACAUGCUAUGGUUUAACUUUAAGCUCCGCAUUGGGUUUAACCAUGGUCCUCUGACGGCCGGCGUUAUUGGGACCACCAAGCUGCUUUAUGACAUCUGGGGGGACACAGUGAAUAUUGCCAGUAGGAUGGACACAACGGGUGUGGAAUGUCGUAUCCAGGCAAGCGAAGAAAGCUAUAGGGUGUUAGUGAAAAUGGGCUAUGACUUUGACUACAGAGGGACUGUCAACGUCAAGGGCAAAGGACAGAUGAAAACGUACCUCUUCCCGAAAUGCACAGACAAUGGCGGCCUGGUGCCCCACCAUCAACUGUGUAUCUCUCCGGACAUCCGGGUGCAGGUGGACGGGAGCAUUGGACGGUCGCCUACGGAUGAAAUUAGCAGCCUGGUGACAGGAGGCAAAGGGGCGGUGGAAGCAGGAAGUGGGGAGGCAGGACGCAAGCAGGACAAGACAGACAACAGAGGCCGUGAUGGCGGAGCACGGUGAGGCCGGUGGAGUGGAGAAGGACCAUAUGAAGCAUGUGGGGCCAUCAGUGAUGAACGAGACUGAUGGCCCUAUUGAGCACUUAUGCUCCACACUGUGCCAGCUCAUGGACCUGUUCAUUCUAUACCAAGAGCCACUGCAUCAUUCCGCAACUCAGUCUUAUGGUGAUGUGGCUUCCAAUGGAUAUCUAUAUAGAAAGCUCUUAAAUUCUUCUAGCGCUGGUGGACCUGUGUGUCCUGAGUUCAUUUUACACUGUCACCUGCUUAUGGUGGAUUAUAUGGUCCUGUAUAGAAGAGCGUUGGGGGCUAUAAUAUGUCCCCAGUUGGGUAAGGUUGGCUAGUAAGGGCAAGGAUCCGAUAUCAUCGAGGGUGCAUCCGCCAAUUUGCUAUGUGGUGGCGUUAUUUCUCUUACCAUCAUGUCUAUGGAGGUGUCCAGCCUCCUCCCGCGAGUUGCACAGACACUGGACUAUAUAUAAGUCGGAAGACCAUUCUCUUAAGCCCCAUCUCAUGCCUCCACCUCUUCGUCAGCCAUACUGAGGAUUGAACUAAGUGCCUUCCGCUCUCUGGGCCUGUCCUGCCCAGAUGCGAUGACAGUGACACCUUGCCGCAAUUCUCGCUAUUACUUGCCAAAAGCAUGCGCCUCCUUGGACUGCUGCCCGCCCACGGGAAACAAGUGGUGAUGGGACUGAGAUUUCUGAUUGGGGAAAAUGGGUAGUGAGAUAUCUCCUUUUGUUUCUUGACAAUGCGAUUGUAAUGUGUUUUCGGUAACACUUUAGCUGCCUACCAGAUCCCAUUAGCUAUAGCUGUGAUGCCUAUACAGGGUAAAAACUGAAUUUCAAGGGUUUUUUACGAAAAAAAUCCAGUCUUCUCUUGUAUAGCCCAUCUUUGUUGCCAUAGCAGAACAAUGUUAUAAGGUACCUCUCUUGCAAAAAAAAACAAAAUGGUGUUAAGCACUCGAAACCUUCUCCUGUUCACCAAGCUGUGGCGGCCAUGUUGAUGCCAAGACUAGUCUUUUAAAGGGGAAGUAUCACUUUUUUUUUCAUCUGACGUUUCAGCCAUGUGUCAUAAUCUAUGUGCAAUAUUAUAGUAUAGAACUUUAGUUACUAGUGAGAAUAUAUGCAUUUAACACAUUGACUUUUGUCAAUGAUUCUCAUUUCGGAUCCCAGAUUUCAUGGGAAAUUGUAUCUAAUUUUUUUUCUUGGUACAUCCCAGCCACCGGUUUGAAUGUAUUAUAUUAAUAUUUUAGAGAAUUUUUGAACUAUUUUUUUUUUUUUUUUUUUAGAUAACAUAAUAUACAAGUAUUUCUUUCCUCCCUCUGACCACCAUAUAUAGUAGUGCUGGGCUUUUAAAAGGGUACUCCAGAGGAACAAAACUGUUUUCUCAUCAUCUGGUGCCAGAAAGUUAAACAGAUUAUACUUCUAUUUAAAAAUCUUAAUCCUUCCAGUACUUAUCAGCUGCUGUAUGCUCCAGAGAAAGUUGUGUAGUCAUUCCAUUCUGACCACAGUGCUCUCUGCUGCCACCUCUGUCUGUGUCAGGAAUUGUCCAGAGCAGAAGAAGUUUGCUAUGGACAUUUGCUCCUUCUCUGGGUAGUCUCUGACAUGGCCAGAGGUGGUGUCACGUUGGGCAGGGAUAAGGUAAAGCCCUGAACUCAACAACACCCUCUGACCCUUCCAAUUGCGUAUUUGUCCUAAGGAAAGGAUCCACAACCACAAGGACAGUCCCUGCCUGUCUACGUGCUGGGGCUUCAGAGUCAAAAUAAUAAACUACAGAGGCCAUUGCUAUUUACUGGAGAUACCUCUUUCACUGGCAAACUCUGGAGGCCACAGCAGGUCUUAAAGGGCCAGAAAGUUAAACAGAUUUGUAAAUUACUUCUAUUAAAAAAUCUUAAUCCUUCCAGUACUUAUUAGCUACUGAAUACUACAGAGGAAAUUAUUUUGUUUUUGGAACACACAGCUCUCUACUGACAUCACGAGCACAGUGCUCUCUGCUGACAUCUCUGUCCAUUUUAGUAACUGUCCAGAGCAGCAUAUGUUUGCUAUGGGGAUUUUCUCCUACUCUGGACAGUUCUUAAAAUGGACAGAGAUGUCAGCAGAGAGCACUGUGUUCCAAAAAGAAAAGUAUUCAGCAGCUAAUAAGUACUGGAAGGAUUAAGAUUUUUUAAUAGAAAUAAUUUACAAAUCUGUUGAUUUAAAAAAAAAAAAAAAAAGUUUUCCACCGGAGUACCCCUUUAAAUAGCCAGCAACAUAUAUGAGGCCUCAGUAUUGGUCAGCUGUCCACAGCCCCAGAUUGGCUAGGGCUUAGCCACAGCAACCAAGCCAAGUCAGAUAUCAGGAAAAUGUAACCAUUUGCACCAGACGAGUCCUUAGAGGUGGCAGCAGAGAGCACUGUGGUCAGACUGGAAAGAACUACACAACUUCCUCUGGAGCAUACAGCAGCUGAUAAGUACUGGAAGAAUUAAGAUUUUUAUAUAGGAGUCAUUUUGAAAUCUGUUUAACUUUCUUGCACCCGUUGAUAAAAAAAAAUAAAAAAAAAAUAAAGUUUUUCUUUCAGAAUACCCCUUUAAGUGUAUUAAUGCCCUCUCAGUCACUAGGCAUGGUAUCCUGCUCUAAUCCUAUAUCUAAUUACCCCAGCCAAGGAACAGGGGCUUGUUGGCACCCACCAAAAGCUUCACCAAAUCCCUGGGCCUAGAUUACUUGCUUACAGUCCACAUUUUUCCCAGGACAACUGGGUUAAAAAGGGGCGGGGUUUAUGUAAACUCUUUACAAAAGUGGCCUUUUUUAGGGGGGCAUUUCUGGGCGGUCACAGGGGCAGAGUUUGAAUGCCCCAAUUUUUUCAUUUUUUUUUUAUUCAACAGAUACAUCAUGUGACCCAUUAAGCAUAUAAUCCCGAAACGGAUACUUCCUCUUUAAUAAGUAGAAAUACUGUAUUCUUAUUACGGCAAAGGUCAGAUAGUUAUAUUUCCUAGGUGUUUAUGUGUUAAAGUGGGCUUACAGCAAAAAAAGACCCUAAAAUAGCUACCUGUGUACAUACGUGAGCAUAUAUAUUACUCCAUAGGGCCAAAUUUAGAAACGUUAGACCGGCGGUCUCCAACUAGGGGGUGUUGUGGCUGUCUGGGCAUAGUGGGAGUUGUAGUUUUGCAACAGCUGGAGAGCCGCAAGUUGGCGAUGAAACAGAUAUGGCUGCCUCUAUUUAUUGAUCAUAUAAACCUCUAUACCAGCAAGAUGCAGGGGUAAUCUAUAAUAUAUGAGUGAAAUACAGUCAGUAUAAGAAGCAUUAAAGGGGUACUCUGGUGGAAAACUGUUUUUUUUUUUUUAAUUAUUUAAAUGAACUGGUGCCAGAAAGUUA